AUGGCCAUUAUUCCCUAUCACGGAUUCCCAAUUAAUGAUGAAAUUUUCCCAUUGGGUACCCUUUCACAGAAGACAUUAAACUUUGAUAAUAAACGUUGGAUUCCGGUGAUCGAAUUGAACAUAACCGAUUGUAGCAUUGAUGAAUUGAAAUGUUUGAUUGCUGAAGCGGAAAAACGACGACGAUUUGGAUCAAUAAGAAUCUGGCGAUUAUGGGGCAUAUGUCAGUAUGGACCGGAAAAUGUAUCGUUAGUUCUUGAGGAUAUUGUUUACGGUUCAGUUGCUGAUUUUGUUCGAACAAGUCUUAGGCCAAAAGAUCAGCAAUGUAAAUUUGCUAUGCAAAUAGCGGAUGGUCUUCGAAAUCUUGAAAAAUAUGGUUUUGUACAUUAUCGUCUAUCAAUUGAUGUUUGUUUGCUUACCUAUAAUUAUAAUGUGAAAAUUGCAAUUUAUGGAUUAAGCGCAGGUGAAUUAUAUCCAACAUACGUUGAUCUUGACAGCGUUGAUCAGUGCAGAUGGCUACCACCUGAGUGUUUGCCAGGUUCAGAUGGUACCCCCGCUCCUUAUAAUACAUCGGGAAUGAUUUAUUCCUUCGGGAUAAUACUUUGGUCAAUGUUUCACGGUGGCGCAUUACCGUUUGAAGAUGAACCAGCGGCUAAUAUUCGAAAUCCACAAUAUCGUAUACAAAAUCCAUUAUACAUUGAACCGGAAUUGGUUCCUAAUGAAAUUCGUAAUGAAAAUGAUUACAAAUGGUCCGAAGAAUGGUUGGAAAAUGUCCCCAUCGAUCAUUUCUCAUUUCACGAUAAUCGAACUUUUCGCUUACGUUAUUUAAUAAAUACCAAAAAUUUUGUUCCUAAUGGACCGAUCUUUUUUUACACUGGUAAUGAAGGGAAUAUCGAAUUGUUUGCCCAAAAUACAGGUUUAAUGUGGGAUUUAGCACCGGAAUUUAAUGCUGCUGUUGUAUUCGCUGAACAUCGGUUUUACGGGAAAUCACAACCGUUCGGCAAAGAAAGUUAUUUAACAAUCCGGAAUCUCGGUUAUUUAUCAUCCGAACAGGCGCUGGCUGAUUUCGCUUUUCUCAUACGCCAUCUAAAAAAUAACCGUCUUUUCAACGCUCAAAAUUCAUCUGUGAUAGCAUUUGGUGGCUCAUACGGUGGAAUGCUCGCCGCAUGGAUACGUAUCAAAUAUCCGCAUUUAGUGGAAGGAUCGAUAGCAUCAAGUGCUCCGGUUUUCUGGUUUACUGAUAUGUCCGAUUUAGUCCCGGAAGAUGCAUACAAUCAUAUUGUUAAACGAUCGUUUGUGAAUUCUGGUUGCAUCGAGGAAAAUGUACUUAAUGGAUGGAAAGCACUUGAAAAUUUAUCCUUAACGGUAUCUGGUCGAGCCUAUUUAAAUCACUUAUUUCGUUUGGACAAAAAAUCAUACCUGAAUAACAGUGAUGAUUGGAUAAUGCUUCGAGAAUAUCUGGAAGAUAUAUUUCAAUCAAUGGCUAUGGUUAAUUAUCCAUACCCGAGUAAUUACUUAGCUGAACUUCCCGGAUGGCCUGUUAAAGUUGCAUGCAAAUUUUUCAAUAGCACCAAAAGAACUGAGGAAGAAUAUGCGCAAAGUAUGUUUGGAAUAAUGAAUCUUUAUUAUAAUUAUACAGGACAAAAGGAAACAUUUUGUAUAAAACCAAAAGUAUGCAAAGAUUCCGCUUAUGGAGCGCUUGGUGACAUGUUUGGUUGGUCAUGGCAGUCCUGUACUGAAAUGGUAAUGCAGCAGUGCUCCAGUGGUCCACCCAACGAUUUCUUCAUUAAAAAUUGCCCAUUCACCGUUGAAGGUCAAGAAUCCUACUGUAUCGAUGUUUUUGGAAAACUUGGAUAUACAAAACCAUUAAUGCGACCACAUUGGAGUAUUUUAAAUUAUGGUCAUCGAUAUCCAACUGCCACAAACAUUGUAUUCAGUAACGGAUAUUUGGAUCCAUGGUCUGCUGGCGGUUGGUCAUUGAAAUCACAAAUAAUGGGAUCAUUGAUUAGCAUUAUCGUUAAGGAUGGAGCACACCAUUACGAUCUACGCGGCAAACAUCAAUUAGAUACGAAUUCGGUUAAAAAAGCAAGGAAAUUGGAAAAAUUAUAUAUCAAACGUUGGUUGGAACAUGCGAAAUCAAAAUAA